AGGAGGAGAAGGAGGGAGGAGAGGCCGUUGGGAAGAUGGCGGACGAGGCGGCUUUGGCCGCCCUUCAGCCCGCAGGGGCCUCCGCGGCGGCGACCGUGGCGGCCGAGGAGGAGGAGGAAGAAGAGGAAGAAGAGAGGCCGGCGCCGCCGCCGCCGCCCCCGUCUUCGUCGCCCCCUCCCCCUCCCCCUCCGGACGGCGGGGAGCCGGACCCCAAGAGGCCGCGAAGGACCGGCCCCCACUGCGGCCUCGGCGCCCCCCGCCAACACCACCACCACGGGCCGGAGGACGGGGAGCAGGGGGAGCAGGAGGAGCAGGAGGAGCAGCGGGAGCAGGGGACCGGGGCCCUGCCGGCGGCCGGACGAGGACGAGGAGGAGGAGGAGGAGGAGACAAUGGGGCGGGCCCGCAGGGCCUUCCCCGGCCCGAGCCACCGCCCAUGGACGACGACGACGCCUCCGCCGCCGCCGCCUCCGCCUCCGCCGCCGCCUCCGCCGCCGCGGCGCUGGUGUCCCCAGAUGACCUACUAUUUAGUGAUGAAGUUAUUGCCAAUGGUUUUCAUUCCUGUGAUAGUGAUGAGGAUGAUAGAGCCUCACAUGCAAGCUCUAGUGACUGGACUCCAAGACCCCGAAUAGGGCCCUAUACUUUCGUGCAGCAACAUCUCAUGAUCGGCACAGACCCGCGGACGAUCCUUAGAGAUUUGUUACCGGAAACCAUCCCUCCUCCUGAGCUGGAUGAUAUGACACUGUGGCAAAUCGUUAUAAACAUUCUUUCGGAGCCUCCAAAAAGGAAAAAGAGAAAAGAUAUUAACACAAUCGAAGAUGCAGUGAAACUGUUACAAGAAUGCAAAAAAAUAAUCGUGCUAACUGGAGCUGGGGUAUCUGUUUCCUGUGGAAUACCUGACUUCAGAUCAAGAGAUGGCAUAUAUGCACGGCUUGCAGUAGACUUCCCAGACCUGCCAGAUCCUCAAGCAAUGUUUGACAUUGAGUAUUUCAGGAAAGACCCAAGACCUUUUUUCAAGUUUGCAAAGGAAAUCUAUCCUGGGCAGUUUCAACCAUCUCUGUGCCACAAGUUUAUCGCCUUGUCGGAUAAGGAAGGAAAAUUACUUCGCAACUACACUCAGAAUAUAGAUACACUGGAACAAGUUGCAGGGAUCCAAAGAAUAAUUCAGUGUCAUGGUUCCUUUGCGACAGCUUCAUGCCUGAUUUGUAAAUACAAAGUUGACUGUGAAGCUGUACGAGGAGACAUUUUUAAUCAGGUUGUUCCUAGAUGUCCCAGAUGCCCAGCUGAUGAGCCACUUGCCAUCAUGAAGCCAGAGAUUGUGUUUUUUGGGGAAAAUUUACCAGAGCAAUUUCAUAGGGCCAUGAAGUAUGACAAAGAUGAAGUUGACCUCCUCAUUGUUAUUGGGUCUUCCCUGAAAGUAAGACCAGUAGCGCUGAUUCCGAGUUCCAUACCCCACGAAGUGCCUCAGAUCUUGAUUAAUAGGGAACCGUUACCUCAUCUGCAUUUUGAUGUAGAGCUUCUUGGAGACUGCGAUGUCAUCAUUAAUGAAUUGUGUCAGAGGCUGGGAGGGGAAUACACGCAACUCUGCUCCAACCCCGUAAAGCUCUCGGAAAUCACGGAAAAGCCUCCACGCACACACAAGGAGCUUGAAGCUCGGUGGGCCGCGCUCCCCCCGACCCCACUCCACGUGUCAGAAGGCUCGAGCUCGCCCGACCGAACCUCGCCGCCAGAUGCCUUGGCGGCUCCCGCCCGCCCCGAGCAGAUGACUGACAGCCGAGUGGUGCAAGUCGAAUCGGGGGCGGAGGCAGGAGGGUGCCCCGGGGGGGCGGCCCCGCAGGCAGGGCAGUCAUCUUCCGAAAGCGCCGCCGCUGUGAGCCAGCAGUUGGAGGGUUUGGAUCGUACGAAGGACGCCGCUGCCAGCAUUGGGGAAAAUAAAGAGAGGAAUGAAAGAACUUCAGCUGCGGAAACACUGAGAAAAUGCUGGGGCAGUAGGCUUGCAAAAGAGCAGAUUAGUAAGCGGCUUGAUGGGAACCAGUACCUGUUUUUACCACCGAAUCGCUACAUUUUCCACGGGGCUGAAGUAUACUCCGACUCUGAAGAUGACAUCCUGUCCUCCAGCUCUUGUGGAAGUAAUAGUGACAGUGGGACCUGCCAUAGUCCAAGCUUAGAAGAACCUCUAGAGGAUGAAAGUGAGAUUGAAGAAUUCUAUAACGGCUUAGAGGAUGACGCUGUCGGUCCUGAGAGAGGAGGAGGAGGAGCAGCAGCUGGAUUUGGGGGUGACGAUGAUGAACAAGAGGCAGUUACCGAAGCCGUGUCUGUGAAAGUCGAGGCAGCAGAAAUGGACCAUUCAUCAAAUGGCUUAUAAUGUAAUCAUUGCCUGAUUACAGGAACUCUUCCACCAGCAUUAGAAACUUUGGCAUGUCAGAAUGAAUGUUUACUUCCGAACUCAAAAUAGAGCAUCAAAAACCGUAAGGUUGUAACAUUUGUAAACAGCUAAUCCAGACUUUCAUGCAUAAUUUUAACGUUUCAGUAAUUCUGUACUUGCACACCAACACUAACUUGUGUUUUUUUAAGAAAGGUACUAAGUAUCUUCAGUCAGCUGUUAGUCACUAUGUUCACUUUCUUUUAAAGGUUCAGUUCGAUAAUGCAUCCGUAUGUAUAUAGCUUUUUUUUUUGCUUAGUGAAUAUCAGCAUUUUAAAAUUUUCAAUAAGCCAUUGGAAUGUUUAAUAUAAAGGGAACAGCUAAUCUAGACCAAAGAAUGGUAUUUUCACACCUUUUUGCUCUUGCAACAUUUUCGGGGGGUAACUUACACCCUCCUCCUGCUUCUGUAUAUUUUCCGCAGACGUUUCGUUCUCUAGCAUAACCUGCCUUUAAACACUGGCAUUUUCCAGGACACUUGUGGCAGCUAACUUAUGUCUUGAAGACAUAUUUAAUGUGAGUAGGUGGAAGUUGCAGAUGCUAAAUGGAAGAGCACUUACAUGAUCUCCUGCUUUCUUGAGACAAAGUGCUGUAGAGAGUAUCAGGUACUUUACUGUUCAAAUGAAUAAGGCUUUCAUGCUUCCUGUGGACAUGUAGUAAUGUCUAGAUCAGUCCUUAAAAUUAAGACUCUUUCCCCCCCUCCCCCUUGCCCCCCUCCACUAAAUAGAUGCUUUGGAAAUGUUCGUUUCACUGUUUUUAGAAAGAAGGGUGAUGGUCUAGCCCUGCCUGGGUUAGCUCCAUUCUUCCCAUUAUUGUGUGAAUACCUAUCACUGUGGUACAGCUUGCAUAUGUUCUUUCCCACAGAUGUUAAAACUGCCAUGAUGUGAAUAUGCAAGGCUUUUCUGAAUCUGAAAUACUGGUACUUCUAAGGGGGAGUGUGUAAUAAUAGAUUUUGGGCUGGUAUUUUUUCCUUCCUAUUACCACAAGAGAUUGAAAGAAGUUGAUGAAAGAUCCACAGCAAUGUAACAUUUAGCCGGUUCAGCUAAGCGGGAAAGUGUCUCUUUCUAAGGUCCUACAUAUCUAUUUGCUGGAGGGUUUGAUACAUUUGAGUUACCAUCUAGUAUGGUGGAGACACAACUUGCAAUGUGGCAGUAAUCAACAGGAUCAUUAAAUUAAUACAUAUUUAAAUGCUUAGCCCGCCUUAAACCUAGGCCAUUUUUUCAGCUGCAGUGUGUUCCAACACUCUGAAGUUCAUAUUUUGUAAAAUUGCACAGUAAAUAAUGCAUUUAUUUUCCAAACCACUUUUUUCAACAUGCCCCAAGAAACUAUACAGAUGUAGAUUAUUCAUACUUUGCUUUAAUAUUUAUUACAAUUUUUAGUAAAGAGUUUGAAAUAUGUAUCGUAGCUGUUCUUUAGGCAAAACAGUUAGUCAGGACCUUAAAUGCCAGAGAAACUCAAAAUUGUUAAAUGGCCCUUUCUGUUCAUCUUAAAGAUGGUGGUAACGUCUAAAUUCUAAAAGACAGAGUAUAUUUGGCUAUAUUAGAGAACGGAGAAUGUUUAGUUUCCAUUUGCAUGAUACAAUGUGUUUGUGCUAUAGAUAAUAUUUUAAAUUGAAAAAUUUCUGUUUUAAAUUAUUUUUACAGUGAGGAUUGUUUUCUGCUCUUUUAUAUUGUAUAUAAUGUCUUUUAUGUAUUCUACUGGCAUAUGUUUUGUAGACCGUUUAAAAUGACUGGCUCUCUUCCUGCAACUUUUGAAAUACAAAACCAGUGUUUUAUACUUGUACACUCUGUUCUAAAGUCUAUUAAAAUGGUCAUUUGACUUUCCUUUCUGUUAAACACCGGA